UGGUGCGGCGCGGCCCCGCCCCUCUCGGUCUACUUCCUCUGGGGGAGGCCCGCUUCCGGUGGCUCUGCAGCAUGGCGGCGCGGCGGCCGCUCCGGGUGCUGUGCCUGGCCGGCUUCCGGCAGAGCGAGCGGGGCUUCCGCGAGAAGACGGGGGCGCUGAGGAAGGCGCUGCGCGGUCGCGCAGAGCUCGUGUGCCUCAGUGGGCCGCACCCGGUCCUCGAGGCAGCGGCUCCGGAGAGCGCCGGGCCAGACUUCGGGCCCGGUGCUGCGGAGGAGCAGCCUCGAGGCUGGUGGUUUUCUGAACAAGCAGCGGAUGUUUUCUCUGCGCUGGAAGAGCCCACAGUGUGCAGGGGUCUGGAGGAGGCCCUGGAAACGGUGGCACAGGCCCUGGACACGCUGGGACCUUUUGACGGACUUCUUGGCUUCAGCCAGGGGGCUGCGCUAGCAGCUUGUGUGUGCGCUCUGGGUCAGGCAGGCGAUCCCCGCUUCCCCUUGCCGCGAUUUAUCAUACUUGUGUCGGGGUUCUGUCCCCGAGGCCUUGGUCUCAAGGAACCCAUCUUGCAGAGCCCCUUGUCACUGCCUUCGCUCCAUGUUUUUGGGGACACUGAUCGAGUCAUCCCUUCUCAGGAGAGUAUGCAGUUGGCUAGCCGAUUCCUUGGCGCUGUCACCCUCACCCACUCUGGUGGUCACUUCAUUCCAGCCGCUGCAUCCCAGCGUCAGGCCUACCUCAGGUUCUUGGACCAGUUUGCAGAAUGAAGGAUCAACAAAUGUCUCUGAACUGCUCCGAACUGCAGCUAUCUAAUGCCCUCCUGUGGCACCGCAGACAACUGUCAGUUGUCAGGACAUAAACCCUGCCCUUUACUGGAACAAAGUGUAGCAGGAAGCCUUAGUAAACUUUCAGUUAUGAUAAACAUGGAGAGAGAGCCUGUUGCCAACAGUGAUGGGCCAGCAGGGGCUGGCACCCCUGUUGCUUGCCAAAAAUAAAGUGAUGGUUUGAGAUUGGGAA